GGAGGACUCAGUGGCCAAAAAAAAGUAAUUUUUGUCUGAUUAAGGGCCAUUUAAAUAUUAAUACACACCCCUUGCAUAUGCUAAUAAACUUAAUGGUACAUGAUACCACAUCUAUAUCUCCAUACUCUCCACUUAGGUUGUGUUCUACAUAACACAGGAGUAGGGGAAGAAGUAGAAAGGAAUAGGGCUGGAUGUAAGGAGGGUAGGAAUUUUACCUUUGGGAGGAAGACCCAAAAACACCUUGGAGACAGAAUGGGCUACUCUCCUCUCUCACCUCCCAAGUGGGGACACCUUCGUGGUAAGUUUCUGUAUACAAUUGUUAUUAUCAUCACACAACACAUCACUGCAACUGGUGCAUUUAUCAACAGCAAUUCUGCAUCUGUAUUUCUGCUGCUUCCAUGUACUGCACCAUUCAUCCAUUCAUCAAUCUGUGAUUAUGAAGGAUUUUAUGGAAUGUGACCAAACCUAUGGUGUUGAAUUAAUAAACUGCACUAUUUGUGAAGCUGUACAGCUAGAAUUUCCUACUGAACACCACCAGACCUAUAGUGCCAAAUUGGUUAUACUCAGAAAUUCAGCUCAGCUGUCCCCAGCCCUCUGAUCUGUGAAGGCCAGCUGGAACACAGGUGGGUUUAUUUCCUGCCAAAUUUCUUACUCUAAAAGCAACAGCCGGUACCAUGGGGUCAGCAGAGGGGUGCUGUGCCCCAUAACCCCCCAUUUCAUCCCCGUUGUGACUCAUAAAUCACCACAGCCACAACCCCCUGACACCCAUCCCACUGGCCCUGACAGCUUUGGGUCCCCUCCAGCCUCUGGGUCCUCUCCAGCCUUUGGGUCCCCUCCAGCCUCUGGGUCGCCUCCAGCCGUCUCCCUUGGGGGCCAAGGAGUGGGGGCACCUGCCUGCUGGCACAGCCACCCCUCCAGCACUCCCGGUGUCCCAGCAGGACACUCCCAGUGUCCCAGGAGGGCCGCGGCAAUGUGCCUCUGGCCACAGUCCCCAGGAGAGGGCACAAGCUGGCCGGGAAAAGCCGGAAAAUGCGCUGCCACAGGCGGCGAUGGCUUGGCCACGCGUGUCCCCCGCACAAACACGCCACAGGCGUGGGAGGGGAGCCACCAUGGAGGCCACGGGCAAACCUCCAGGGAGCAGGGCGCCGGGAUGGCAGGUCCUGCUGUGUCCUGCGGGCACCUGCAGCAAGGUCCUGAUGGCUAAAACAGAGGCCGGGGCUGGUGCCCCGCUGUGCCGAGGGCUGCGGUGGCCCCAGCCCGUGGCGGGCUAUCCCUGUGGCGGUACCCGGGUCACAGUUCCCUGCCGAGGGGACCGCUGCAGAUUUCACCAGCCGCUGCCCUUGACCGCAUCUGUCACCCCGUGCCGGCCGCCCUGGACUUUCCCCGCUCUGGCGUCACGGUUGUUCCCUGGCUGUAGCUGCAGGGUGGCACCGGCUGGGGUGGAGCCAGGCUGUCCACAGCUCCAGGCUGUCAUAGCUCCAGGCUGUCCGCAGCUCCAGGCUGUCCACAGCUCCAGGCUGUCCGCAGCUCCAGGCUGUCAUAGCUCCAGGCUGUCCAUAGCUCCAGGCUGUCCACAGCUCCAGGCUGUCAUAGCUCCAGGCUGCUGUCCACAGCUCCAGGCUGUCCACAGCGCUGUGCUCUCCCAUCUCGGCGGCGCUGCCUGUGGCCAGGACAGUCAUCCCAUUCCGGCCACCUCCUGUCUGCUAGGACAGGUCCAUCCCUCGGGCUCUGCUUGGCUUUACAGCCUCCAGGGCCACCCAGGUCUCGCACAGAGCUGGAUCUGCUGCCUGGGUUCGGCCCAAUCCCUUUGGGACCUGGCUUGGCAGCAGUGGGUAGGUUCUACCCACUCUCCCAAGAGUGAAAAGUGGUGGAAGGAAGGGCCAGACCCUGCUCCCCAUGGGCAAUGCCUGCUCCAGGUGUCCGGUGAAGGUCUGGCCGCACCCCUUGCCAUCCUCGCAUCCCAUGCCCGGUGUCACGGACCCGUCCCCAUGGUGUCUCAGGGCCAGCACUUCCCACUGCGGGGUCACUGGACGCGGCCACCUGGCUCUUGCCCCAUGGAGGGCGUUUGCUGGGUGGCUCCCACGCACCUCCCGUCAUUGGGAGCCAGCGGCCAGGUCCGGCCCCGUGUCCCCGGCGCCUUAUCAGAGACAUUGCUCAACAGCAGGCACGAAGUCGGGGGUGGGCAGGGGCCACGGCACUGCCUCGCUUCUGAGCUGCGGGGUCUGGGGAACCCCCAUUCCUGGGCGAGCUGGGGAGGGCACGUCUGGGUUGGCCAUGGGCCGGGCUGCUCCCUGCCCGCGGCACCCCCGGCUCUGUGGGGAGCCACCCACGCCAUGGUGGCUGUCACUGCCGUCCCCGUCCUGCCUUACUGA